CACUUCACUAAAAGACUUCAGCAUGCCGAUCAAGGAGGAGUCCACCAUUGUUGUUCACUCGGAAGAUCCGGUUAAGAAAAAGGAAAAAGAGAAGGAGAAGUUAGUAGAUGGAAAGGAUGACAAGGCCGAGGGCGAGGACCUGAGCGAGGAGGAUCUACAACUACGAAAUGAACUGGAAAUGCUUGUGGAACGUUUACGAGAGCCUGAUCACAGCCUAUAUCGGCCCGCAUUAGAGACAAUGCGUGUGCUGAUCCGGACGUCGACCAGCUCAAUGACCUCCGUUCCCAAGCCGCUCAAGUUCUUGAGGCCUCAUUACCCCGAGCUUCAAGAGCUAUAUGAGAAGUUCCCCGGGUCUGUUGAGGAUAAGGGCCUCUUUGCUGACAUCCUUUCCGUCCUUUCCAUGACAUACUCCACUCCUCUGGCCGGCCAUACCACCCUUUCCUACCGACUUGACUCCCCACAUCCUUCUGCCCCAGGUGAUUGGGGCCACGAAUACGUGCUUCACCUCGCCUCCGAACUCGGUACCGAGUACUCCUCUCAAGUAGAGAAGGGUACAUCUGUCUCAUCGCCUGAGAUGCAGAAGCUCGUGGAGCUGGCAGAGGAGUGUGCAAAAUGGUUCCUUGGGCAUAACGCUGAAGCAGAUGCUGUGGAUCUGCUUUCGGAAUGUGAAUGUGUCGAGAAGCUGGUCCACUUGGUCGACAAUGUCAACUACGCCAGAGUUGGCAGGUAUAUGGUCAGCUGUGUAAACCUCCUUAUCCCCCCAGACGAUAUCGCGUUCCUUCGCACGGCUCACGAUAUCUAUUUCCGUCAAGCUCGGUUCCCCGAUGCCAUGGCACUUGCUGUACGGUUAAAUGACGCGAACUUGGUGCGGUCGGUUUUCAAUGCUCCCGCGAAUGUGCACAUGAAGCAGCAACUCGCUUUCAUCAUCGCACGCUCGCAAAUACCGAUUGUUUGGCUCGCUGAAAACCCCGAAGAAACGACGACCGAUGAGGUUCUCAGUGCUCUGCCUGACGAUCUCGUAGCGUGUUUGACCAAUACGACCUUGACCAACCAUUUCAAAGCAUUUGGCAAGGAGUUGGGCGUCACGGACCCGCGUUCUCUUGAAGACAUCUACAAGAGCCACCUCGAGCCGUCAAGUGCGAGGAGCGUACCAGCCCAGGGUGUCGACAGUGCAAGACAAAACCUGGCUGGAACCUUUGUGAAUGCGUUCGUCAAUGUUGGCUUCGGUAACGAGAAGAUGAUGGUGGACGUCGAAGGUGGGCAGAGUUGGAUAUACAAGAAUAAGGAUCACGGUAUGAUGAGCGCUGCUGCCAGUUUGGGCGCGAGCCUUCUGUGGGACACAGAGGUUGGUCUAACCCACAUCGACAAGUAUACUUAUUCCAACGAGGAAUACAUCAAAGCUGGUGCGUUUAUGGCUAUGGGUAUUCUGCACACAAGCGUCCGGACGGAAAUCGAUGCUCCGCUUGCCCUGCUUAGCGAGCAAAUCGAGAACAAGAGCGUACCAUUGAGGACCGGGGCAAUUGUGGGUCUUGGUUUCGCCUAUGCUUCCACUCACCGAGCAGACAUAAUGGCUCUUCUGCUGCCACUUGUAGCGGAUGAGACAUUAACCAUGUCACUUGCUGCACUGGCGGCGCUUUCACUGGGAUUCGUGUUUGUGGGUAGCUGCAACGGUGAAAUUGCGGGUACCAUCCUCCAGACGAUGAUGGAGAGGGAUGCUGCGCAGCUGACGGAUAAGUGGGCAAGAUUUAUGGCGCUUGGUCUCGCGUUACUUUACCUUGGCCGACAAGAAGCCGCCGACGCCACGAUCGAGACCCUCCGUGCGAUUGAACAUUCUCUCGCCAAACAGGCCCAAAUCCUGGUCGAUAUUUGCGCGUAUGCCGGCACGUCGAACGUAUUAAAAGUCCAGCAAAUGCUACAUUACUGCACCGAUCAUAUCACCAAAGAGGAUAAGAAAGAGGAAGCACCAGCUGAGCCUGCGCAGGAAGAAGGUGCGGCCACACAGCCGAAUGGCACCAACGAGACAGCCGCGCCUUCAGCGCCAGCUGACGGCACGGCUACUGAGGAAAAGAAGGAAGAAGAAAAGAAGGAAGACGAUGAUACGUUCCAGGCCUUUGCGGUGCUGGGUAUUGCGUUAGUUGCCAUGGGAGAGGAUGUUGGGGCAGAAAUGAGUCUGCGGACGUUCAACCAUCUCAUGCACUACGGCGAGCCGAUCAUUCGGAAAGCCAUUCCCCUUGCCCUCGGUCUUCUAAGCACAUCCAACCCCCAACUUCCUCUGCUCGAUACCCUUUCCAAGUACUCGCACGAUUCUGACCUCGACGUGGCGGCCAAUGCUAUCUUCGCCAUGGGCUUGAUCGGUGCGGGCACCAACAACGCCCGUCUUGCCCAGAUGCUUCGGCAGCUCGCGGGCUACUAUGGCAAGGAGCCAGACUGCCUAUUCGUGACGCGAGUCGCGCAGGGUCUGGUACAUGCCGGCAAGGGCACCGUCACCCUUAACCCCUUCUACCAAGACCGAGGACUCAUGAGUUUGCCGGCUGUUGCAGGCAUCCUGGCGACUCUCAUAGCCUUCACUGACGCAAAAGCCUUCGUCCUCGACAAGAGCCACUGGAUGCUGUACUACCUCAUUCUCGCCAUGUACCCACGAUUCUUUAUCACACUGGACGAAGAACUCAACCCACUCCCCAUCACCGUGCGCGUCGGUCAAGCAGUAGAUGUCGUCGGCCAGGCCGGCAAGCCACGUACCAUCUCCGGUUUCCAGACGUACCAAACACCUGUGCGCCUCGCCACGGCCGAGCGGGCAGAGCUGGCCACAGAAGAGUAUUUGCCUUAUGCAAGUGUGCUCGAGGGCCUUGUGAUUCUGGAGAAGAAUCCGGGGUGGGAGGAUGAGAAGAUGGACUUGUAGGGCUGUAGAUGAGGCUGGAGAAGAUAAUGCCAUUCC